GAGAGCAGCAAGCGAUCCGGUUAGCAGUCAGUAGAAACUUGUGAAGUGUUGUAGUGGUUGAAAAAGCAUAAAAACUUUAUUUUUAGGCUUAUUAGAACUGGAUAUACCGUGAUCAUUUACAUGUAUUAAACAUGAAAUAUCUUGGAAUUAUCAUCGCUUGCUUCGUCUGCUCGACAUACGCAAGAGGGCUUCACUUUGAGGAUGUAAAACCUGAUGUGGGAUACCAUGCUAUUGCCCGUGAAAAUGGACGAAGUGUCGAGGUUUCACCCAGGAUACGAGUUGGAGGUGGGGAGAUAUGCAGUUUUAUUAUUUCAAAUAAGCAUCAUGGUGAAAUUCCUUUCAUGGUGCAAAUUGUGGACAAAGAGAAAGGAGAAGCUAAGCUUGUUGCUAAGAAAGAAUUGAACUGUGAGAAGAGGAAGGCUUACAAGUUUGACAUUGCUGCUGUUGGAUGCGACAAAACGACAUCCGAAAAUGUAACUGUUCACCUAACUGUAGAAGACAUGAAUGAGUUUGCUCCUGAGUUUGUUCAGGAGACGUAUAGUGCGGAUGCAGAUGAGGACAGGCUGUAUGAUAAAAUUGUUCAGGUAGAAGCAGAUGAUAAUGACUGCUCAGCCAAAUUCAGUGAUAUAUGCAAAUAUGAAAUUCUCACAAGGGACCAGCCUUUCACUAUCGACCAGGAAGGACGAAUCAAGAAUACAGAGCCAUUGUCUUGGGAAGAAGCACCAAAUCAUAUUUUGACAGUGGUGGCAUAUGAUUGUGGAAUGAAACGUUCUAAGCCUGCAACCGUCAAUAUAAAGGUGAACAGGGUUUGCCGCAUAGGAUGGAAAGACUUUCACGAACGAAUCGAAUAUACUCCAGGCAGUGGGAGGAGACCUCUUUUCCCCCAGGCCCGGCUAGAAUUGUGUGACGUGCCAUGUAAAUUGGAAAGGGUGGCAGCCAAAGUCUCACUCGCCACUCGACAUAUUGGCAAGGGAUGUGACAGAGAUACUUAUUCUGUUGAAUCCCAGAGGAAACUUUGUGGAGCCAGCUCUGAUAGUAUCGAUCUGCUGCCUAGCCCAGGAAUUGGUGCUGAAUGGACAAGAACACUGCCUACAGAUGAUGGGCAUGAAAGCGAUCAGAUAUACGAGUUUGAUGGCACUUCAAAUGCUGUUGUGAUACCAGAGACCACAUUAAAUCACAAUUUGACUGAUAAUUUUACAGUAGCCUUUUGGAUGAAGCAUGAACCAUAUCCUGACCACAAUGAUACACACAUGAAGGAGCACAUAAUUUGCAAUGCUGAUGAUCACAAAAUGAAUCGACAUCAUUAUUCUAUAUUUGUGAGAAACUGCCGAUUAAUAUUGUUGCUUCGACGAGAAUUUUAUCAAGAAAGACCUAGUGUAUUUAGACCUGCAGAGUGGCGAUGGAAGAUGCCCGAAGUGUGUGAUAAUCAAUGGCAUCACUAUGCUGUGAGCAUUAAUUUCCCUGAGGCUACUCUAUAUGUAGAUGGACAGCAAUUCAAGAUUCAGACUAAUAAUCCUGAUAUUGUUGAUGACUGGCCUCUGCAUCCAGCUAAAGAUAUAAAUACAACAUUUGUUGUUGGGGCUUGUUGGCAAGGAAAAGAUGAAAAAAUGGCAUUUAAUUUUCAUGGCUUUCUUGCUGGUCUGUCCAUACUAAGAGGCAGGACUGAAAACCCUGAAGUUCUGGCUUGUCUUCAUCGUUGCAAAGAAGGCCUUGAAGUUCCACCUGCUGAUCUUUUGGAACCUGGAAUGGAACUUCUCACUAAUUCUGAUUUGAGUGAAGUAACAGUUGAAGGAAAUAGCAAAAGUAAUUUAGAAGAUUUAAUAUCUCGAGUUGGAUAUGUCAAUUCUCGAGAGUUCCCAACUCCAGGACGUCGCAGUGUUCAGAUUACAACAACGGUCACGUGUGCAAGAGGAAAAACUGUGAAAGUGCCUCCUGUUGAGGCAUAUAUCAUGGUCUUGCAGCCAGAAUUGCCAAGUAUUACAAUCAAUGGCACUCCUAAUUUAGCUAGAGAAUAUGAAGCAUUUAAACAAGGUAUUCAGCUUUUUGCAUCAGUUUCUGUUUUAAUUAGUCAAGACCAAGAAGAAGAAUAUUCUGUACAUGGCAACCAAGAAAACGGUCCAAAUUCAUUGGAUCAUAAAUUAGAUUCCUGCAGUGUGCAAGUGUAUCCUCCCUUGAAUCCUGAUCAUGAAUAUUUCAAAUUGCCCAACAGCCUUAUGACUCAUCUUGGUAUUCAUUAUAAAGAAAACAAAGAUGGCUUGAUUAUAUUUGGGGCCGAUACCAUUCAUAAUUAUGAUUUGGUUCUCCGACAAAUUGUUUAUUACAAUAGAAAACCUGCCUACUACCUAAAUCGUGCCUUCAAAUUGGUUUGCUCUGAGCUGAAUGGUCGUUUCGUCAGCAACGAGUAUAUUCAAACUCUGACAGUCAUUCACCCAAGAGCAGAACCUGGACAUGAGGCAGAUCCUAAGCCAGCUGCAGAACCUGUCAAUCAUGCACAAGUGCACGACCACAAAGUAGAAUUUAAGGAAGCUAAAGUUCGAGCUGCAGGUUUCAUGGAUAAUGGCCUGGGCAGUGAAGCAAUAGCAAAGACAUCUGCUAGUCAUGCAGUUGCCAUCAUAAUUGUAGUAUGCGUCGGGUUCCUUGUUUUCAUGAUAGUUCUUGGAGUCAUUCGAAUUCGUGCAGCACACCACAGGUCUCGAGAAUCCCGAGAUGAUGACCAAGAAAUGGCCUGGGAUGAUUCUUCUCUCACAAUCAUAGUUAAUCCAAUGGAUCAAAUAGAGCAAGAGCAAGGCCCCAGGCCUCUCAAUGAAGACGACGACAGUGAGAGCUCAGACGAUGGAAGCAGCUAUCGAGAUGAUGGUGAAUCCUCCGAAGAAGAGGAGGAAGGAGCUGGAAAAGCAAAAACUAAGGAACUGGAAUGGGACGACUCAACUCUUAAUUUUUGAGCGUCGUUAAAACUUACUUUGACGUAUCCACAUACAUACAUUCCGGAGCUAGCAGUUUGGCACGCACUUUAAAUUGCCAGAAGAAAAAAAUUUACUCUGAAGAUUAAAAUAUUGAAGAAAAUAUAAAGGGACACCAGCUACUUUAGAAACUGUAUGCGGAUACACUUGUAUGAACAUUGCCGGCGGAUGGUUGUCAUUCGGUAGUCUGCCGUAAAACAUUUGUCUUCUUUUUCUGUAAAUUACAUAGUGCAGUUUUCCUUGCAAUAUAAUUUCUCAGUGAGAGAAGGGAUCAUCAUUAUUAGGCCAUCAAUUUAUAUACUUAUCAGUGUCAUAUUUAGUGCCAUAAGAGUGGUAAAUUUGAGUUCCUGCAUAAUUCCCUUUUUCAGGUUAUAUUCAAACAAUGUAGUUCCCACUUUAUUUUUGAGUAUUUCACAGUGGCAUCAUUAUUCAACCAUUUUCUAUAUCUCUGCUUUUGAAAUGCUAAUGCCAUGUGAAUCCUUGUAUACUGAUAUGUACAAAUGCUUAACCUUUAAAGUGUGGAAUUUAUGCAAUGUUAUCUGCACAAAAUGUCAUUAAGCACAGUGUAACUAUCUGAUAUUUUAGUACAUUUAUUACACCAUCUGUUCAUUACCCAAAAAAAAAAAGAAAAAGAAAAAAGAAAGAAAGCUGCUUCUUAAACGAUACAUAAAUCCUUAGCAAUUAAAUAAACAAUUCAUAAUCAUUGAACGAUAACUACUCGCACAGCUUCAAAUAGGGUGCAAUAUUUUCUUAGAAUUGCAUUUUCAGGGUUUGUGUUUAUUACAAACCAUGGUAUGAUGGAGUUAAAUUUUGUUUAAAUUGCUUUUUUAUGUAAAGUUAUUUAAAGAAUUUAGAAUAAGGAAAUUUCAAACUAUAUGAAAUGGAAUGUUGAUAAAUGUUGUCUGUUUUAUGAGCAUGUCUACUUUUCCAUUUUGACUCUUAGCAUUUAUUCUCAUGAGUCAGUAUGAAGUGAGAUAAACAAAUUUUUCUUUUAUAAAUACAAACCCUGAAUUGAAAAUGAAUUCAUUAUCCAGGCAGUAAAGGUUAAACAUUUGGCCAAAUCCUUAAUAUUAGAAUUAUCUUUCUCCUUCGCACAUCAUUGUAGGUCACGAUAAAUCGGAAACACAUAUCGGAAUUUUGAAACAUUUUUUUCUUUGUCUGUAUUUAACAUAUAUGUGUCGUAUCUUUAAAGCAUGCUUGUUGUAGUAUCCUAAAACUGUCUUAGGGUGUAGCGAGAGACUUAUUUGUGAUGUCAAUUAUUACUGGCUGGGUGUCUAAGUGUACUUAUUUUAGCAGUUGGACAUUUGUACAGUUUGUGCCACUGAUGGCUUUCCUCUUAUUUCUUGUGAAAACUGCUGUUUGUGAUCAGAAUUGUAAAAAUAAAUUCCGUUCCUUUCGGCAUUCUGUAAUAGUUGUCUGUGAAUUUUCAGAAUAUAUGUAGAAAUAUUUUGUUUUCAGUUAAUGUGCCAUAGCAUUAUUUUAGAAAAUUGUUGGCAGUCAUCAACUCUUGUAAUAGUAUAGAGUCGACCAUUACAGAGUGCCUCCAAGUAUACCUAAAUCUAGAACCACCCACCAAUUGCAUUAUAAGUUUAGAUUUGCGAGUACUAAUAUUUUACGUAUGUAUAUCUGUUUUGUUACAUUCAGUACAUUCCAUAUGUUUCUCUUUUUAGAGUAAAAUGUUGUUGUUGAACUCAGUAAUAAGUAUUGAUUAUGGUGGUGGGAGUUUGCAAAUACAAGUAACACCUUUUAUUAAUCAAGUGAUAUUUUACUGCAUAUGAUGCAGCUAUGCAUUACACUGUAUAACAUUUGUAUAGGAGAUAGGAAUGACACAUUUUAUGUUUUUGAUGCCCAAAGCCGUUCUGCAGAGCAUUUGUAUCAUAGUUCUCAAUUUAUUGCAGAUGAUACUUGUACUUCUGAAGCCUUUUAUUUGCAUUUUAUGUUUUUGAAUUAGAAUAUACUGUAAAUAUGAAAUGAGUAAUUGCAUCGUAUGCUAUAUGGGAUAGCCUUUGAAGAUUGAAAUAAUUUUAUUAAAUUAAUUUUUCUGUUUUUUAAUUUCAUAUACAUGUAGACAGUUUACUUUUUGAUUCUAGUUCAUUAAAUUGCUUUAUUUAUGUAUAACAUCUAUCAAAUUAAAUAGGAACUAGAAUAUUCUGUAUAAUUAGUCUUAAUUGCAAUAAUUCAGGUUCACUGCAAUUUUCAUAUUUGAAUUGAACCAGAAUAUGAGAAAGUGAGACAAAUGCUUACCUAUUAAUAAUUAUAUGCAAAUAUUAAAUAUAUUAGAUAUUGAAGACUGUGAAAAGGCGGCUUUGUACGUUUGUGCGAGAUUAUCCAUCUGGUAUGAAUUUUUAAGUAUAGCAAUUAUUUGAUCAUUUUGGAAGAGAAUAUAAAUUUUUGCUUUCUGUUCUACUUUAAUGAACUGCAAAUAAGUUGCACAGUGUGCAACUAUGUACGUAGAUCGAAACUUUUUCAAGAGAAAAAAUGAGUUUUGAAAUCUAAUAAAUGAAGCAGACUAUGUUCUGUAUGUUGUGUUGCUGUAAAUGCAAUAAAAUCUGUUUUAUUCCCCAU